UCUAUAGCAUUCAAUCUAUUAAUAAUCACUGUUUGUUAUAAUUUUUAGUCAUUAUGUAAUUAUUUAUGUAUUGUUUUUAUUGGUCAAAGAAAGGAAUUAUAGGUGCAUAAUCUGAGUUCAUAGUUCAGUGAGCAGCAAAAAAAAUAUAUACACAAGGGAUAUUCGACGUUAUGAUGCAUUAGUAAGUAAAUAAAUAAGUAAAUAGAUACAAUUCCGAACGGAUUGACGGAUGACAAAGAGAAGGCGAAGAACUACCAGGAUGGAAUCACUGGCAAUACGGAACCCCAUAAAAUAUCCAGCCUAUACUAUACCUUGUCUAUGACAUAAAACCUCUCCAGUAAUGAUACUGAGAGUGUGUAGAGUGAUUAGUAGUGUUGGUUAAUAUUUUUAUGAAAUUGUAUCGAAUUUCGGUACUAGUUGUUUUGCGCACUAACUCGUUAUGGAGUCGUGGCUUAUGUUUAGGUUUUGUUAACUACUGUAGUAUGUGGACAACAUACUUCAAAGUUAUUAUUGCUUAAUUCUAGAUUUAAUAAUAACAGUUAUAACCUAAAACCCAUUUGUAUCAGAUACGUUUAUGAAGUGUGAUAUAUAUUACAAUAGAAACGAUACAAUUCAUUUCUUUUAGUAUUUAGAGAAAAAAUUCAAUUAGUGCAAAUAGUGACUGUGUUAACGUUAUGACAAAAAAAAUAUUUGACAAGGUUUCAUAUACAUUAUUCCCAUGGCUAAAGGAAAAUUAAGAGGCUCAGACUCCAAUAAUAAGUUAGCAACAUCCAAUGCAACCUUUAAAAAUGGAGAAACUUACACAUCAGAGUUUGAAAUUAAUGAAAUACCACCUAGUGCCCGCACAUUGCUUACGAAGGGUUAUAUACAAGAUGAGAUUAAUUCCUAUUCUGGUGCCACUGUGUCAACACGUGGGCGUUUUAUGACAGAGCAAGAAAAGAUACGUUGUCCUAAUGAACGUCCUUUAUAUCUAUAUAUACAGGGCCAUACAAAACAUAAUGUAGAUUUGGCUAUACAAAAAAUCAAUGAGAUUAUUAAAACAGAACAUCAGAGUUCAUUAAAUAGGCCAAGUAGAUUUACUAAUGCACCACCACCACUUAUGAGUUUACAUUCCGGAGUUACAUCUGUGGAAAAGAUCUGUGUUGGGAUAGAGAAUGCUCCAGAAGGGUUUGAUUUACGAGGUAGAAUUAUAGGUGCAGGUGGAGCAAAUUUGUUAUAUAUUAGAGGAGAAACCGGUGCAAAUGUAACAUUAAGGGGCAGAGGAUCACAGUUUAUCGAUCCAAUUUUAGGAACUGAAUCUCCAGAACCACUUCAUUUGUAUAUAGAGCAUCCAAAACCGGAAGCAUUACAAAAUGCAAAACAGUUAGCAAUUAAUUUAAUUCAAACAAUGCAGUCUGAAUUACAGUCAUACAUACAGCAACAACCACCACCAGUACAAUCACAGCAAGUUAUAGAACAGUCGCAAAUACAACAAACAGAAUUUCAAACCAUGAACAUUGGUACUUUGGGACAACCUAAUGUUGUUACUAUACAACAUCAAGAUAUAAUACAACACCCACAAAGUAGUGUAGUAACAUUACCAGCAACAAUUCUCACUGCUACAGUAGCUGGUGGACCAGGGUCUGGUAUAACAGUUCCUCCUCCUGGAGUACACAUUCCUCCUCAUUCUGGACCAUUAGUACCACCACCACAAGCUCAGGAAAUACAAACAUUCAUGCCGCCUCCACCAGUUGGUCAAGUACAAUUAAUUGGUCCUCCAUCAACAGUAAGUCAAGUGCAAUAUCAGAUUCAUCCUGGACAACCAUUACAAAUUCAAGGGCUUCAACCUGGAUCACAAUCAUCUCCUCAACCUGUGGCUCAAAUGUAUGUAAUGAGUCAACCACCACCACAGAAUCCAGGUCAACAAAACUUUAUCACAAGUAGCAGUGCACCGGUUAGUGGUGCUGUUUCUUAUGUGUACACACAACCAAAUGUGCAAAGGCCUUCUACACCUCCACAAGGGAUUAUUGAAGCUGUUAAUGUGAAUUUACAACAACCACCACCAGCAGCGCCAAUUAACAUAACUCAGCAACCACCACCACCAUUAUUACAUCUUCAUUUUCCUCCUCCAAACUUUCCCCCGAAUCAACCACCACCUCCUGUACCACAAACUUAUCAAAUACAAUAUCAGCAGGUACAAGCACCUGUAUCACAAUCACAAACUCAGUUUGUGUUGCAAUCUGGCGAACAUAUUGUUCCACCCCAGUUACAACAAAAUCAUGAGCAGUCACAGGCAGUAACUCAACAUAUGUUACCUCCGCAAUUUGAAGGUCAUACUCCCCAAUUUCAUUUACAAGUACCUCCUCCAUCUACACAGACCUUCUUAGUCCCCAAUGCUCAAUCACCACAACACCCGCAACAACAUCCUCUUACCCCUGGAAGUGAAGUUCAACAUCAACAAGAAGGACCAGUUGAUCAAGGACCCCAGCCACAGCCAGUUCCACCUCCACAAAUUGUACCACCGCCAUCAGGUGCUCAAAUGACAAAUUCUAUGAAUGUUCUUACUAGUAUCCCUCCGCCGACGCAAGCACCACCUCCACAAAAUGCUCCGUGGUUGUAUCCACCACAGCAACCGCAACAGAUGUUGCAAUCUCAAGGACAAUUGCAGGUUCAAAUGCCACCGACAAAUAUGCCUCUGCAUAAUGUACCUCCCCCACAAGUUCAGGCACAUAUACAAUACCAUGCUCAACAUAUGCAAUAUCAGAAUGGUCAUAUGCCACCGCAAGUACACUAUACAGUACAGCCACCGCCUCAACAGUUUGAUCAGAAACCUGAAUCACCUGAACAAAAAUCUCAUGGUGUAAAGAGAAGGUUUUCAGAUGUUGAAUCAAAUCCGGAAGCACCACCAUAUCAGUGUGGCCCACUACCGGCUCAGCGACAUGGAACAGGAGAAGGUGAUCGGCAGCAACAAGUCUUACAUGGUCCGUCACCAACAGCUGCGGGUCUACCUCAUGGAGAUCGAAACAAGCUGCUAAUGCCACCUCCACAUCCAGGUGAAAAGCGGAGCUUAGAUCAAAAAUCUGCAGGCAUAAAUUCAGGAAAUGAGCAGAAUCCAAUGGGAGAUUCUGUAAACAUUCACCCUGGAAGUGGCCCGCCUUUACCUCCUCCACUUCCACCACAAGCACCAUGGCAGACACAUCAUGUCAGAGCACCAUGGGGUAGACCACCACCAAUGCCAAGAGAUGGAGAGCAUCAAGGAAUAUGUCCUACUCUACCUCCAACGAACAUGCCUCCACCUCAAAUUAGACCCAGAGGACCCGUUGAAGGUAAUCGAUCGCCUGUUCAAAAUGCGAUACUGGAGCACCCGAUGAAUAUCGAGUAUAAUCAAAUGCCACAGUAUACGACAAAACCUCCUCCUUACAAUUCACAUCCAUUGAUGCAAUCCAUUUGUAAUCCACCGCCACCUCCUCCGCCGCAUCAUCAACAGCGACCGCAGCAUCCUUCCCAGUCGUUGCAGCAUUACCAGGUGCCAAUUUCUCAAGCAUAUCAACCACCAACCUCCUGUCCACCGUGGAUGAAUUGAAUUGAAGGAAAAUGAGAACACAAUAGACGUGAACGAACUUCGUACGCUAGUACCUUGUAAAGAUGACUGAUGCAGUCCGUCCGUCCGACUACAUCGACGCCAUUCCACCGCGAGUCUUAUUGACACGUUGGAGCCACGUUAAACGGAUGGACAUCGCAUUACGUUAUCUUCAUUCAAUUGUUCCUUGCGAUAGUUAAUUAUAAUUUAAAUAUCCGUUGCGUCGACGGUGUCGCUGUAGAAUAUGCUGUUCUGUAAAGUGAAAACUGUGUACAUGUUACGAAAUUGUAGUUAAAAAGUGUAAGGCUUUAGAUAGCGAUACGCUAGUAACGAAUUUAUAAAUACCCUGUUAAUGAGUGAGAAGAGUAACUCGAUUACCCGAUCUAAUUAGGUAUAACAUCGAGUCGCGGUAGUCCAUUGUUUCUAAUGAAAGACUACUCUUCUAAUUAUCGGUGCAAUGCGGACGCAUAUAGUUAGAAUGAAGUUAUAGUUCCAACAGAUGAAAUGCUUUCGGGAUUCACGCACACAGAUUCAUCGUAAAAAUCUAGGAGUACAUACUUUUUGUAAUUUAUAGAACAUAAUUAGCCGCUCUAGAAUUUAACAUACGCUGCCUGUUUCUUUUUUUCCCCAUCGGUAUACCGUACCGUAUCAUCUGUUCAUAGACAAUACACACACGGUACAUGGGAUUUUAUAUGCAAACGCGAAUAAAUCGUUGCUGACAUCUUCGACGAAGCGUUAUCCAAAUUCCAGGGUUUCCUUUAGCGCGAAAUUAUAGCGCGAUCCUACAUGUUGUGUGCUCUGUGAGCAAAGCGAGACCAGUGUAACGAAUUAACCACUAUAAUAGUACAACGCCCCUGAUUUUACAACUAAGUGAACAGGGUGACUAUUCGCUCCUCUCCACGCCUGCGACUUUAAUACAGGAAUUUUUAAAGCAGUAUGAUAUUUUAGCGUUAUACGAUUAUACAUCACUCUCGAAUCGAAUGAAUUUCAAUUGAUGUACUAAAUCCUUCACAUUGAGUUAAGCCACCGUUUUUUUAUGAUUUAGUUAUAGAAAUAUAUUU